GCCAUCAUGGUCAGCCAGCGAGUCGAGUGGGAAUUUGUCAUUCACACUGCUCAGUUGUAUCAGCGCAUGGGUUGCGAUGUGCUAGCGCUAGAUCUAGUGCGAAGUUGGGAGUUUCUUACGCCGCCGCCGCAGAUGAAGAAGCAGAUGCCGACCUCGCCGCUCGCGUCGUAUGAUCUGGAUCCGAGGAAGCUGUUGAGGAGGAGGAGCUCCUUAGUCGUGGCCGAUCUGCCAAUCAGAAGGACUAUGACGCCUUCACUUCGGAAUGGGGUCAAGGAGGGAAGUCAAGAAGACGACGACGAAGAGACUGAGGAUGAAGACGUUGACAAAUACGAGGGCGAAAAGGAGAAAGACUCAGAGAAGAAAAAGUCGCAACCGCCGACGCAAUUCAAUGAACCGGACGCAAACAGCUUGUUGGAUUCUUUUGGAUUCUAGAGCGCUCGCGAUCGCGCAAAAGUCUUUGGAUGUUUUUGUAGAGUAGUCAGAAUUUCUAUGCCCAUGAGUUUAGCCCCAUUGCUAUGCCUUCACAGGACUGAAUUGCUUGAUACGACCUUCGACCAUUGGAGCGAUUGCCUAGAAUGUCAGCGAUUGGCACGCUUGAAG